AUGAGUGCAACAUCGGCGAAAUUGCUAGUAUCCGAGGACCAGGUGCUUUCCACUGCCUAUUCAACCAUCGCCAUCGCUACGGUAUUCACGGCUGCACGGUUUGCAGUUCGAUGGACGCAGCAGCAAAGAGAAUUCCAAAUCGAAGAUGGCAUCAGUAUAUUUUCGUGGAUCUCAUUUCUCGUCAUGGCGAUAUUGUAUAUCGUCGUGACACCCUUCUUGUACCGAGUUGACAUAGCGGUAUCGACGGGUCAAUUAUAUGCAGAUCUGCUGAAAGAUUCGUUAUUUGUUAUCGAGAUCUUCUUUGCAAAUACAAUCAUCUUCUGGAUAGUGCUUUGGUCGGUCAAACUGAGUUUGUUGUUUCUCUACCGAAGGCUUUUUGUGGGUUUGCCAGAUCAAAUGAAAUGGUGGUGGGCCGUUUUGAUCUUUACAAUUCUGAUGUUUAUUGGAUGUGUCAUUUCAAACUUAACAUCGUGUUCCAGUAUGCACGCCUGGUUUACACCUGGUGAAUGUUCCACCCACCGAGAUGCCAUCGCCCAAGUCGCAAGUCUAUACUUCUCCUUCGCCGUCGACGUGAUUACUGAUCUCAUGAUUAUGCUUCUCCCUUGGAAAUUGAUUUGGCUGCUUCGCCUCCCGUUUAUGGAAAAGCUCGCUCUCAGUGGUGUGUUUUGCGUUGGAGUCGUAUGCGUGAUUAUGGCAAUCAUACGCGCAGUAUCGGUUGGAAUUGAAUCAAGAAGUGAAAACACACCGUCAAGUUCGUGGUUGAUGCUUUGGGGUUUGAUCGAAGCUGCGAUAGCUGUCGUUGUGGGAACAUUGCCCGCCUUUGCAAUAUUUUUCCGUAGUCAAACACAUAGCAGACGCUAUGGAAGCUAUCCAAAUGGCUCCGACGAAAGAGCCCCGACAAGGAGUAAUCACUCAGGUAGCAAUGGCAUCCACCACCCUUCACAAAAGAUAAAACUGAAUUCGAUUAAUGUUACAAGGACAUUAGAAAUUACACGAUCAUCCCAUAGCAAUGACAUGGAUCAGGAUGAGGCUCCUCUGCAUAAUUCAUAUGCAAGAUAG